UUGAAAAGCCUUUAUAAUAUAAAUGGAUCCCUUUGUUAUUCUCUUGAACUGGAUACUUUCCAAUCCUUGAAGCCAUUUUAACAUCAUAUUAUUAUCAAACUCUUUGACCCUUAGUCUUUCUCUUCUUCUCUUCUGCCUUUCGUUGAGUUAUAGUUGACUAAUACUCAAAACAUACAAUGCAAUGUGAUUCCAAGCAGUUAUCAUGCUUUGUCUAAUUCCAAUUGAAACAUUUACUUUAUCAAAGCUUCUGUUUGAGUCAAAAUUUGGACUCUUAGUCUUCUAAAAUUCAACAUUCAAUGCAAUUUAUACAGGCAUGUGAAGGAAUUGGAUAUUUGAUUCUAUAAGUUGUCCAUUCCAACAGUCCCAUAUUUCUCAAAUCUCUGACAAAUUGCAAAAUUCAGGAAAUAAAUUUAUCAGAGAUAGGAGAAUAUUCUUACAACAAUUGGUGAUAUCAUCCCUACUAAUUCUACAACUUGAUAAAAGGCAUCUCAACUUCUUCAGAUUUAAGGAAGAAUCUCAGAAAAGUACAUAUUUGGUGUUGUGGAAUAAAACAAAAUGAAGCUGAGGACAUCUUGGUAGAAAAUCAACUUGAAGGAACAGAAGUAAUGUAUGGAUCUUAAAUUCAUGAGAAAUUGUUGUUUCUUAUUUUAUUUAGUAAAACACGACAAAGCCUGCUAAAACUUCAAUACUAAAUAGCUUUUGUAUUUAUUUAGAGGUAGCUUAUGAACCUGAUUUAAAACCUAUAAACUUUAAAAUUGUGUAAUUAAAUAUGCUUUAGAAUAAGUUUUCAGAGAUAUUAAGCUGAGGCUGCUUUUAGAUCACGAGUAUCGUUAUGCUUAACAGUCUUGGCAUCUGACAUUU